UAAAAGAAAAUAAAUAACAAAAACAAUCACCGUAUUAGGUCUCUCUCUCUCUCUCUCUCGUUUUUGUUCCGACAACGAUCGCUGAAACUAUCGCCGGAUAUUCCGUUCAUCGCCAGAUUCUCUCGUUGAUACUAUUGGAGAUCGAUCUAGCAUACGAGAUUAGCCAUGAAUCCUGAAUAUGAUUAUCUGUUCAAGCUUUUGCUUAUCGGUGAUUCUGGUGUGGGAAAAUCGUGCUUGCUUCUAAGAUUUGCUGAUGAUUCGUACCUGGAUAGCUACAUCAGUACCAUUGGUGUUGACUUUAAAAUCCGAACAGUCGAACAGGAUGGAAAGACAAUCAAACUCCAGAUUUGGGACACAGCAGGUCAAGAACGUUUCAGGACAAUCACUAGCAGCUACUACAGAGGAGCUCAUGGAAUCAUUGUUACUUACGAUGUCACGGACCAAGAGAGCUUCAACAACGUCAAACAAUGGCUGAAUGAAAUCGACCGCUACGCCAGUGAGAAUGUGAACAAGCUACUGGUUGGGAACAAAAACGAUCUCACAUCACAGAAAGUUGUAUCCACUGAGACAGCUAAGGCUUUCGCAGAUGAACUCGGGAUCCCUUUCUUGGAAACAAGUGCUAAAAAUGCAACGAACGUCGAAGAAGCUUUCAUGGCUAUGACUGCUGCAAUUAAGACCAGAAUGGCUAGCCAACCAGCUGGAGGUGCCAAGCCACCGACGGUCCAGAUUCGCGGACAGCCAGUGAACCAGCAAUCAGGCUGUUGCUCCUCUUGAUUCCAUUAGUCUCCAAUUCUCUUUGGGUCAUCACACCAUUAUAAUCAUCAUUUGUUUGCAUUGCAUGUAUGACUUCUCCAAUUGGCUGCUACCGCUUUGGAUCCUUCUUUUUCUUUCAUUUUAUAGUUUUGCAAUUCUUUUUCUGAUGUAUUUCGAAGUUUGAAACCCAUAAAUUUCUUAGUAAAAGGUCCUUUAUGCUAAUGAAGCAAAUAUGUCUUUUCUAAUU